CAUAAUCCCUUCCGUGUUUGCCGUAUUCAGUCUGAAAUGUCGCAAAUCAUAACACCACACAAGCGUCUUCUUUAAAUAUAUCAUAUUUACCUUGUCAGCAGCAUGGUGUUUGCUUAUUGUGCGAGUGAUGUAUUUUAAAUUUCACUUAAAAGUAUUAAAUUAUGGAACUGACCUCUGCCAGAUCAACAUAUUAUGGUGACAUCGGUCACUGGGCAGACCGUACGCCGGUACAUGAGGCUGCGUCUCUGGGUCGCGCUCUGCAGUUACAGCAGCUGAUAGCAGCAGGAGCAUCAGUUAAUAUCGUGUCUGUGGAUAACUUCACACCUCUGCAUGAUGCCUGCAUCCAAGCCCAUCCCAACUGCGUUAAAAUACUGCUGGAGGCUGGAGCUCAGGUGGAUGUGCGCACCAUCCAUGGCAGUACUCCUCUGUGCCACGCUUGUGCUGCUGGCAGUAUAGAAAGUGUAAAGCUGCUGGUGGAUCACGGAGCAUCGGUCAACCCUUCCCUGACCGCCCUCACAGCUUCCCCCCUUCAUGAGGCCUGCAUACGAGGUGAAACAUGCAAGGUUUGUAUCAACACUGUUUUUAUACUUUAUUUAUUUUCAUCAAGAGUGCAUCUCUGUGCAGGAAACCCAGACUGUGUGAAGCUGAUGAUAGCAAAGGGAGCGCUGCUGGAGGCCUUUGACAUUUACUUUGGGACACCCUUACAUGCUGCCUGUGCUAAAGCUCACUUUGACUGUGCCCUGUUGCUGCUCAAUGCAGGUGCAAAAGUGAAUGCCACAAAGUUCCAUGAGACGGCACUGCAUCAUGCGGCGAGAGCGGAGAGAGAGGAUCUGGUGGAGCUGCUGGUGGAGUUCGGUGGAGAUGUCAACAUAAGUGAUAACUUGGAUCAUAUACCUAGAGACUACACAAAGCCAGAUUCUCCUACUAAUCUUUGUCUUCUUCAAUAUGGCAGUAACCCUCUGUCUCUGCAGCAGCUGUGUCGUAUCAUCAUAAGGACUAUGGUGGGCACCAGAGCAAUGGAGCUGAUCCCCAAACUAGACAUUUCACAGCGCAUCAUUGAUUACCUCAUGUUUAAAUCAUUGAUCAGUUCUGAAUAGACUUGUGUAUUACAUUUUGUGGAGUCUUAAUUUUGCAAGAGACAGACAUCUAUUAAUUUUAAUGGUAUCUGGAUGCAGCAUUUAUGAUGCAAGCUGAGAUUGUGGGGUUUGGUGAGCGCAUUAAAAAGCAUUGGAUGCAACUCAGAUUGCACUGCACCGGGUCUGCAUCCAGACAUCUCUCAAUAAUUUACUGAAGCUGCUGUUUAUUUGAUUUAAUGCAUUAAUUUUAUUUGAAAUUUGGAAGAAAUGUUACAGAAUACAUUAUAUAAUACCACACAUAUUAACAUUUAACCCACAUAAUAUAUCCAGAAAAAUGUAGGUCUACAGUUUACAUAUCUGAAUAUGGUCCUAAGAAGUUGUUUGUAUUAAUAAUACUUCUUCUGAAUGUGCCACAUUGUCUUAUUAUAAUUAUUAAUAAAUAUAUGUUAUAAAUUG